AUGUAUCGACUAAUUGUAUCGUGUUAUACUUCGACAUUUCUAUCGAAACCGUUCUUCGGUUUGUUCAAAUUUCAUCGAGCUACCAGUUCUGCAUCAAUAAAAGCAAAUGCGAAUGAUUAUUCGUCACUAUCUAGUGCUGAGAAAUGCCAGUCAGAUAACGAGAGCCCAUCAGUGAUUACCGUUAAAUCAAAUCCUAAUUUGAAGGAUGAAGAGCAGCAUCUCGAGCAGUCGAAUAGUCAAAUCGAUGCAGUGUUAUCUCCGAUUGUAGAGAGGCUUGGAAAACUUCGAGUGAACGUCCAGUAUAGCAUACAGAAGAGGAUACUCAUCAUCACAAUAGUUGAGGGAAUCGCUUUUGAAUCAAUCGAGAAUGAUUCAAACACACAGAUUCGAAUGGUUCUGUUGCCAUAUAAGAAUUUCCGUUAUCGAACAAAAUUUGCUAGCGGUCUCAAUCCGAAAUUCAACGAAACUUUUUUCUUCAAGAAUAUAAAUCAAGAGGAUUUGUCGAAAACAUUCGUGCGCUUUCGAAUUUACAAACGUCGAUUAACAGGUCGCAACCAAUUUAUUGGCGAAACUUUGUUAAGAAACAGUCUUAUUGAUGCAAAAAAUGGAUGUUUAACCCAUCACACACUUCUACUUCAUUCAAAAACGGACGCUAAUCUCGCCAGAUCUUGCCAUGUCGAAAGUGACAUUGUGGACCAUACUAGCGAUCCACUUGCACCUAAAUCUCCAACUAAUAGCAUAGUGCAUUCAGCAUUAUCUACGCCAUCCCAUAAGCAAAAACAAGUGAAGAAAUCGUAUAAAACACAAUCUUCCAAUGAUAAUAACAACGAAAAUAACUAUAACAACCCGAAAUUAUUGUUAUCAUUUUCGUAUUCCGAUGGGAAGAUGUUCAUUUUAAUUGAUAAAGGAGGAAAUCUGAAUUAUAAAUCAAAAUAUGUCGAUACAUUCGUCAAAUUGUACGUUAAAACCGCAUACGACGCACAAACGAUGGUACAACAAAGCCAUACGAUAAAAGCAUGUUGUGAGCCAGUUUUCGAUGCUAAAUUCAGCUUUGCGGUAUCUAAGCAAGACAUUGACUCACUAUCAAUUUCAAUUCGUGUUUGUACGACAAUUGGUUUAUUGAAAAGACGUAUAAAUUUGGGAACGUUGGAAUUCGGCAGUAAUGUUGUCGGUGAGGAAGAACGCGCACACUGGCAAGAAUUCAUUUGCAGCAAAAAGCAAACUUCCUUCAAAUGGCAUCGACUGACUUGUUGUAUAUGA